UCGGUCGCCGGCGAACUUAUCCACAAGCUGUCGCGAAACCGCCUUGAGCCGGCUAUAUAAAGGAGCCCGGAGCCCUCCGAGAAACUCAGAAGUCCCCUCAGACUCGCGGCUACCUCCCCCUCGCGCAAAUUCGGCCAUAGUCCUCUCCCUGCUCGCCUCCGACCGCCACGUUCGUCGCCGCCCCUCGAUCGAAUUCGACCUAGCCAGAGCCUCUCCUCCCUUCUAGAGCCCUCCUAUAGCCUCCUGCUUCACCGAGGGAUCCAUUUCGAGCCCCGAUUGCACCUAGGAAAGCCUGUGGCAGGAACCCCCUUUCUCCCAAAGCUCUCAUCCGCCAUGAGCGAAGCCCCGCUCGAUCCCGAGCCCUCGGGUGAUCCUCUCCUCGUCCAGAAGGAGUGGCUGCGCCUCCUGAGCGCUCCAGUGUGUCGAGCCCGUGAAAUGGAGCUCCCUAGCUCCAACACUCGUCGCUGGAGUCCCGCCCAUGGCUCUGUUCCACACGCGCUCAAGGAGGGAGACGAACCCUACAGGUGUGCCAGCAUUGCAGGAUUUGGAGAGAGGAGACUUACUCCAAGAUGUUGGGGUACACCUCACCCUCCUCAAGCUUCAAAGAUUGCAUUCGGAGAGGAGCACAAGGCGGUCAACCCCGGAACCUAGGAGUCAAGGAUAGCAUCCUUGUGAGUUAGGAAUUUAUCCACGCCAGCUGUUCCUGUGGGAAUGGAGUCCCAUGGACACUGGAGAUUUCCUCGAGUCGCUUCCGCCGCCAACCUCAGACUUUUGUCCAAACCAUUAGACCUUUAUGGUCUUGUAACCAAUAUUAUGUAUUUUUCUUGGAUAUUCUGUAUCAAGUGAGUGUCUACGAGCUAACAUUAGUCGUGGGGCUGGUGAACACAAAGAAUUGUUUUCUGGAAAUUAUUUUCUGAAAAACC